AAUGUUAUAAAAGUCACCCACAAACCUGAACACAAGCUCAACCUGAACACACGUUCAACAAGCUCCCAGAAUGAAGACGCUGCUGCUUUCACUGCUCUGUCUGUUUGUGUGGAGUCAGUCCACAGAAGCUUUAACUGAUCAGCAGGUGGUUUUAGGACAGAGUGUGACUUUAGCCUGUGAGUACAGAUUAAAAGUCGUUACUUGGUUUGUAAUGAAACUACCAGCUCAUCCGGAGAUGAUACUGCGAACUUUUGGAUCAGAAAAGCCUGAAUAUUACGAUGAAAAAUUCCGUGAGAAAUAUACAGAAGGAGACAGAAGCCACUUAGUAAUCAAUAAUGUCAGUGUUGAUGAUUUAGGAAUUUAUUACUGUAUAAAACCAGGCUUUGCUCUACAGAUCAGUGAUGGUAUCAGCCUGCACACCACUGAAAUGUCUAAAGAUGACAGUGGUCGUACCAGACUGCACACCACUGAAUCUCCCCGAAAUCACAAUGAACCAGAGCAAAAAAAUCCACCACAAGAUCAGACAACACUUCAGAUUCCUAUCAUUAUGUUAAGUCUGUUGACUGUUGUGCUAUUUGCUGCAGUAAUAGGUUUAUUAAUGAUGAACCAUAAACUGUCUAAGAAAAUUCCUAAAUAUGUCAAUGCUCAUCAGAUUUCUACUAUGAAGUUUCUUGAGAGUAACAGAGGAAAAACAGAUCCUGAAUAUCUAGAGGUGCUGCCAAAUUUCUAGAGGUCCUGUAUGAAA